UGAAACGGAGGAGUACAUGCAUCUGCAGGCAUGAUCUUCACGAGGUCAACGGAGGAGUCGUCGGUGCGCGCGCGGUGGAUACUGAUCGCACCGCGCGACGCGCUCUGCUCUCCAGAGCCAAUUAAUGGUGGUAUCAAUCCACUUGUCAGACAAAUAUAUAAAGAUAUAUAAAUGUUUGUCCCCCCACGUACUGCAUCAGUUGAAGGUGAAGCCAUGGCUUAGUACGUACAGUACAGGCAAUACGACAUUCCUUCGAGUCUUGCAGUUGCAGAUGGGCGGCAGAUUCUCGUAAAAAGUGUUAAGAAGUGUAGAUGGGAAGUGUGCAAGUAUAUAUGCACGGAAGCGUGAGCCGGACACGCAUCACACGCGGUCGCGCUCCUUGCAUCAUCACCUAGCUCUCGCUAAAAUGGCUAAGCCCGAGCCAUGCACUGAUGCGGAGACGACCCGGCAUGACGGGCCCGUGAAAGCAUCAGCAGCCCCGGCGGCGGCGCCCGCGCCACCAACCAUGGCGUCGCCGGAGACUAACACAACCACCAACGCGUCCGCGGGCGCCGGCCAUGGCGGCGGCCAUGGGCGCCACGUGCUGGUGUUCCCGCUGCCGUACCAGGGCCACAUCAACCCGAUGUUCCGCCUGGCGGGGAUCCUCCACGCCAGGGGCUUCGCCGUCACCGUCUUCCACACGCAAUUCAACGCCCCCGACCCCGCGCGCCACCCGGAGUACCGCUUCGUGCCCGUCCCCGUCGCCGAGGACUGUGACAAGGGCGUCGUGUCCGGCCCCGGCGCCGGGGAAGGCAUCGACGGCGUCGUGUCCCACAUCCUGGCGCUCAACGCGGCCUCCGAGUCCCCUUUCCUCGACCGCCUGCGGGCCGUGCUCGAGGAGUACUCCAGGGACGCCGUGUCGUGCCUCGUCGUCGACGGCCACCUGCUGUCCAUGGUGCACGUCGCCGCCCGCCUCGCGCUCCCUUCUCUCGUCCUCCGCACCGGCAGCGCCGCCUGCUUCUCCUGCUUCCUUGCCUACCCUUCGCUCAUCGCCCAAGGCUAUCUCCCCCUCCAAGGGUCGAAGUGGAAGAUGGAGGAUGAGGUGAGCGAGCUGCCGCCGUACAGGGUGCGGGACCUGAUGCGGCUCGGGAAGCACGAGCUGACGCGUGAACUUCUAGCCCGGAGCGUGGCGGCCGUCGACGCCUCCGCGGGGCUCAUCCUCAACACGUUCGACGCGCUGGAGCAGCCCGAGCUAGCCAAGCUCCGGCGCGACCUGGGCGGCGGUAUCCCGGUGUUCGACGUCGGGCCUCUCCACAUGCUUUCCCCAUCCGCGGGCGCCUCCAGCAGCCUGCUCCGCGCCGACGGGACGUGCCUGGCAUGGCUGGACGCGCACGCGCCGGCGUCCGUGCUCUACGUGAGCUUCGGGAGCCUGGCGUGCAUGACCGCCCGGGAGCUCGUGGAGACGGCGUGGGGCAUCGCCGGGAGCGGCGUGGCUUUCCUCUGGGUCGUCCGCCCCGGCAUGGUGGCCGGCAGCGAAGGCCUAGCCACGAUGCCGGAGGGGUUCGAGGAGGCGACCCGGGAGCGGGGGAAGGUGGUGGAGUGGGCGCCGCAGGAGGACGUGCUGCGGCACGCGGCCGUGGGCGGGUUCUGGACGCACAACGGCUGGAACUCGACCACGGAGAGCGUGUGCGAGGGGGUGCCGAUGCUCUGCAGGCCGCACUUCGGGGACCAGACCGGGAACGCCAGGUACGUGGAGCACGUCUGGAAAGUGGGCUUCGAGGUCGUUGGGGCCGGGGAGGAGCUCGAGAGGGGGAAAGUUGAGAAGGCAAUACGGCGGCUCGUGGUGGAGAAGGACGGGGGAGAGAUGAGGGCCAGGGCUGGAGAGCUGAGGAAGAAGGCCGUGGAGUGCACCGGCAAGGGCGGGUCGUCGGAUCUCGCCGUCGACGCGCUGGUCAAGCACAUGAUGUCCUUGUAGAAGAAUAUUGCUUGCUGCUGCUACGGUUCGUACGUUCCACCUAAUUUGAUAUGCUUUGAUCCUCUCUGUGUGUGUGCUGUGUUUUUUUUAUGAUAUCGUUGACAGUGAUUAUAUCAGAGUUUAAGACUGUCAGGUCUGGACGAUUUGUUAUUUGCUUUUGUAAGGUGGUUGACGCUAUUCCCGCGUGUGAUUCCGUUGUGUCAGGCAUGAUACAUGCUAACAUGCAUCCAUGCGUUUCUCCC